UCAUGUGUGUAUGGAGGCAGUGGCUUUGUCACUCAUUCGUUGAACAGUGUGCUGGCGCAGGUCUUCUGCCUUUACUACAUCGAUAAUAAACUAGAAAUACUACCAAUUUGCCAUACAAAAAAAUAAAUAGCUAGCAAUAUGGGAAUGUAUUGUUUUUGAAAAUAUCAAGAACAACCACAUACUACAGGGACCACAUUCUUUAUUAAGCCAUUUGCGUGGUCUAAUCAAGGAGUUGCAAUGAUCCACGCGAAAGAUAUCAUUUUAGCCUUCCUUCUCGUGGGCUCUACAGUUUGUCUGGAAGUGGAGAUCACCCCGACCCAGGGAGAGAUCAGUGUUGGAGAGUCCAAGUUCUUUCUGUGUGAAGUUGUUGGGGUAGCAAAGGAGAUUGACUGGUAUUCGCCGAGCGGGGAGAGGAUAGAGCCCAACAAACCAGAGAUCACCGUAACCCGAAACGACGAGUCCUCGUCCACACUCACGCUCUACAAGGCCGGGGUGGACAGCGCUGGGACCUACAAGUGUCUGGCCACCAAUGGAGACCAGUCAGCAGAAGCCACCGUCAACGUCAAGUUCUACCAAAGGAUCACCUUCAAGAACGCCCCCUCCCCCCAAGAGUUCAAUGAAGGGGACAAUGCCAAAAUUGUGUGUGACGUCAUCAGCUCCCCUCCCCCCACCAUCAUCUGGAAACACAAAGGAGCUAAGAUUCAGAUGGAGAAGGAUGUCCGCUUUAAGAUCCUGCCCAACAACCACCUGCAGAUCCGAGGCAUCAAGAAGACAGACGAGGGGUCGUACACCUGCGAAGGCCGCCUCAUGGCCCGGGGAGAGAUCGACCUCAAGAUCAUCAGGGUCAUCGUCAACGUGCUCCCUACCAUCCGGGUGUGGCAGUCUGAGGUGAAUGCCACAGCAGGCGUGGGCCAGUCUGCCAUGUUGACCUGUGCAGCUGAUGGAUACCCAGAGCCAAUGGUGACCUGGGCAAGGGCCGGUGUUCUUCUGGAGUCAGGAGACAAGUACAGCUUUAAUGAGGACGGUUCAGAGAUGACCAUCAUGGAGGUGGCCAAGCUGGAUGAGGGAGAGUACACCUGCAUCGCUAAGAACAAGGCUGGGGAGAGCGAACAGGAACUCAGCCUCAGGGUGUUUGUGAAACCUAAGAUCACCUUCCUGCUGAACCAGAGCACGUCUGAGAUGGAGGAGCAGGUGACUCUGACCUGUGAGGCGUCAGGGGACCCCACCCCCACCAUCAACUGGAGCUUCGGCCUACGCACCUUCACUGAGGGAGAACAGGCACAUCUUAACAGGAUCUAUCAGGCCUCUUGGACUCGGCCCGAGCAACACAAGAGUCUGGAUGGGAACGUCGUAGUGAGGAGUGAUGCUCGUGUGUCCUCCCUCACGCUGAAGUACGCCAAGUUCACCGACGCUGGCCAGUACCUCUGCUCUGCACGCAACGCCAUCGGAGUGGAUUCUCAACCCGCCUACCUGGAAGUCCGCUAUGCCCCUAAGAUCCAGGGCUCAGUGACAGUGUAUACCUGGGAGGGGAAUGCAGCUAACAUCAGCUGUGAGGUCCUGGCCCACCCCGGUGACGUGUCCAUGCUGUGGCUGAGGGACGGGUUUCAGCUUCCCAACGCUAACGUCACCAAAGCCAAGGUUUUCCAGAGCCCCACAGCCAGCUACCUGGAGGUCACCCCAGAGUCUGAGAAUGACUUUGGGAGCUACAACUGUACUGCUUCCAAUGAGAUGGGCACAGAAUCCAAGGAGUUUCUCCUCAUUCAGGCUGAUGUCCCGUCAGCCCCGUCCCUCGGGGGGGUGGAGCCGUUCUCCAGCUCAGCCAGGGUGGAGUUCCAGGAGCCUGACGCCACCGGGGGAGUACCCGUCCUCCGGUACCGGGCUGAAUGGAAGACUGUGGGCAGGGGCACCUGGGUGCAGAAGGUCUAUGAGGUCCAAGGAGGAACUCUGAGUGAAGUUACCAUCAUAGGCCUGAAGCCUGAGACCAACUAUGAGGUGAAGAUGUUAGCCAUCAACGGCAAGGGAGAGGGUGAAACUAGCCCCGCUCUGGUCUUCAAGACAGAGCCUGUCCGUUAUUCUUACACAAAAGGGGAACCUGAACCGCCUAAGCUGGAGGGAACACUUCAAACCAAAGGCAACUCCCUCAAAGUCAACUGGAUCAAGCAGGACGAUGGAGGCUCACCCAUCACACACUACCUAGUCCGCUAUAAACCAAAGCAUCAGACCGACUGGAAGCCAGAGAUCCGGCUGCCCAGUGGCAGUGAGUAUGUGGUUCUGAGCGGACUGGAGUGGAACACAGAGUACGAUGUGUUUGUGGUGGCAGAGAACCAGCAGGGGAAGUCCCAACCUGGAACCCUGACCUUCAGAACCUCUCCAGAACCCGCUGCCAUCCCAGAUAUAGACGGGGAGUCUGCCCUCUCCACGGGCAUCAUGGCAGGGAUCCUCAUCUUGGCCUUCGUCCUGCUGCUCCUGGCUGUGGACGUCACCUGCUACUUCACCAACAAGUGUGGCCUCAUCAUGUGUCUGUGUGGCAAGCCAGGCAGCGGGGCCAAGGGACACAACCUAGAACAGGGCAAGGCUGCAUUCAUAAAGGACGAGUCCAAAGAGCCUAUAGUGGAAAUGAGGACAGAGGAUGAGUGCACAGCCAAUCACAAUGCAGGAGGACCCACAGAACCCAAUGAGACCACACCCCUUACAGAGCCAGAGCUGGCUGCCCUGGCUCUGGACACCCUCUCAUCUGUAGCCACCAUCUCUGACACAGCCAACACAAUCUAUGACCCCGCCCAGGACAGCCCCUCUAGCGAGAGCACCGCACUCACCUGUAGCCUGUCUGCCCCCUCUACUGACCCCCUGUCUACCCCCGUUAUUGACCCCCUGCCUGCCGCUGCCCCCGCCCCGGCACCCACCUCAGAGUCCAACACAGCCCCCCCAGCCCCACUCAUCUCCACCUCUGACAUCACAGCAACCCCCCUGUUAGACCUUCUAGAAGACAGCUCUCCUAGAGCAGAGGACAAAAUGUCUGAAACUGCUGUUAGUGCCACAGAUUGCCAUAAAUCUCUUAAAAAGUCCCCUAUUCCAAUACCACCUAGGCGUCGAAACUCUAACAGACCUGCUCCUUCUCCUCCCACUCCCAAGAGCCCCACACCUACCCACUCCACCACUGUGGCCCCCAGGAAAUCUGCCCCAGACAGUCCCUCUCUUGCCCCCUCCACUGCCUCUCCUAUCCAAAACACGAGGAAAGCUGCUCCCUCUCCUGCUCCUAUGGCGUUCACUUUCCCAGCCUCUGACACCUCCACUGAUAAACCUGCACCUACUGCCACCAGCACUGUUACCCCUGUCCCUGGUACCCCUACUGUCCUGGGCUCUAGUACACCAGCCCCUGACCCUGACAAACCUGACUCUACUACCAAAGACACUCACACUCCUGCCCCUAAUAUAGACCCCACUACCACUCCCACAUCUGUCCCUAAUAUAGACCCCACUACCACUCCCACAUCUGUCCCUAAUAUAGACCCCACUACCACUCCCACAUAUGUCCCUAAUAUAGACCCCACUACCACUCCCACAUCUGUCCCUAGUGCUCCUACUACUGCCUUCAAUGCUGAUGUAACUGCUGCUAUCGUUCAUGAGGACACAACCAAAUCUGCCCUUGUUUUCCCAGACAUUCUCAUUCCCACUCCUGCUCCCACAAGUGCCCCCACACCUGCCCCUAAUGCUCCCACUGCUCCGAGCUUUGCCACACCUGCUGCCCCCACGGUCACUAUCACACCUGCCUCUACUACCUACGACACCCCAACACCAACCCUGACCCCCCACAUACCCAUCACCACAGAGCCCCAAGCCCCAGAGAUAGAGUUUGAGUUGACCAAUGGGGUGGCGACUAAGAGCCCCUCCCUGCCCCCAGCAGGGUCCACUGGGUUUCAGAGUAGUCCCACUCCCUCCCCUGCCCCUGUCCCUUCCUCCUCCUCCUUCCAGGCUAACGGAGAUGGGUUCGGGGCAGACCUCCAGGCCUCAGGCCCUCCUGCUCUGGAGGAGUUAGACAGUCUGGCCAAGGCUGCUCCACUCAACAACGAGAAGAUAUUUGGAGAUGAGAAGAGUAAAGUGGAGGAGGUGAAGACAGCCCAGUCAGAGGUGACCACAGAACACAACGAUGUCACACAGACAAGCGACAGCAAGGCAUGAUUGGGCAGCCUCAGCCCACCCAAGAUGGCGGCGGCAGCAACACUCAUUACAGUCUGCAGCAGUUUUUCUUUCCAGUGCCCUUUCUGCAUUUUCAGAACAACAACAUGCGUCUGUGCAAUAGAGUCCAUUAGAGCACAAUCUGAUUGUGCAAAAGUCAAUUGUCACGUGUGAUUUGUUUCGCUACACCCAUUGAAUACUAAAGAACACAAUUUGAGUGAUCUCAAGUGGUAUAGGAAACAACAUUUCUCAGAGUUAUCAUUUUUUUCAUUGCGGUUGCAGAUAAACAAUGGAUUAUUCAGGAGCAUAACACUGAGUGUACAAAACAUUAGGAACACCUUUCUAAUAUUGAGUUGCACCCCCCUUUGCCAUCAGAACAGCCUCAGUUCUUCGGGGCAUGGACUCUACAAGGUGUCGAAAGAAUUCCACAUGGAUG